AUGCCUGAAAUCGCUGAAAUCGCCCGUACUGUGCAUUAUGUGCGCAAACACCUCGUCGGCAAAACUAUUGCUUCUUGCACCGCCUUGAACGAUGACAAGGUCUUUGACGCCAAGUAUCAAACUACAGGCCCGCAAUUCGAGAAGCACAUGAUCAACAACACCAUUAAGGACGUCGGCCAGCAGGGCAAGUAUUUCUAUCUCAUCAUGUCGAAGCCACCUCAUCCGGUUCUUCACUUCGGCAUGAGUGGUUGGUUGAAAUAUAAGAACGAACACACCUACUAUUAUCAGCCGAAAGAAGGCGAAACGGAACCCGAAGAGUGGCCAGCAAAGUACUGGAAGUUUCAUCUCGAGACUAAACCCGCCAAGGGUGAGGAGAAGGUCGAGGCCGCAUUCGUUGAUUCUAGACGCUUCGCCCGCAUCAAGCUGGUUGACUGCCCAGGCGACCAGAUCCGACAGCAUAAGCCACUCAGUGAGAAUGGGCCUGACCCGGUCAUCGACAAAGACAAGGUCACUGUCGAGUGGUUGAAGCAAAAGUGUCACAGCAAGAAGGUGCCUAUCAAGGCAAUGUUGCUGGAUCAAGCCAACAUCAGUGGAAUUGGCAACUGGGUCGGAGAUGAAAUUAUGUUCAAUGCAAGAAUGCACCCAGAGCAAUAUGCAAACACCUUGACCGAUGAGCAGAUUGAGCAGCUGCACAAGAGUAUUCACUACGUCUGCGGUACAGCAUGCGAGUUAUUGGCCGACUCGGAAAAAUUUCCAGACGACUGGCUGUUCAAGCAUCGAUGGGGUAAGGGCAAGAAAGACGCAACAAAGACCUUGCCAAGUGGAGAGAAGAUACUGUUCCUUACCGUUGGCGGUCGGACCAGCGCAGUAGUGCCAAGCCUCCAAAAGAAGACUGGCCCUGUGGCGAAAGACAUGGACGAGGCAGAGGACCCGGACGCUGAGCAGGAGGAUGAGAAGCCGAAAAAGACCAAAGGCAAGGGAAAGCUGAAGAACCAACCCGAGAUGAAUGGCACUGCAGCACCAGCGGUCAAUGGCAAGAAGAGGAAGGUCAAGGAGGAGGAAGAUCAGGUCGAGGAGAAGAAGCCGGCGAAGCCAGCAAAAGCUAUGAAGAAGGCCAAGGCGGAUGUUAAGGCAAAGGCUGAAGUCAACGAUGGGAGACGACGAUCAAGUCGACGUAGCAAGGCCUAA